AUUGUGUGCGUUCAGAAAGAGCCAGCAUUCGUCGGCUCAGAAACUUCAGUUCCUGGGCGGACCCCACACACUCACACAGCUGGAUUUGAAACAGCUGGAUCUGCCUCCCCUUCACUGUUAGCAAGGAGCCUCACAAGCCCUGGACAGGCUGGCUGGCGGGGGAUGAACCGAGCAGCACCGCAAAACUGGGAUUUGGUUGCUGGCAAGAUCCAGAAAAUGGGUUACUGGAGGAGGCUUCCUCAGCUUCUGCUAUUGCUACUUCAGCUCUCAUACCCCAGCCAAGCAGGAAGGAAUGUGAACAGCAAUGUCUGCAAGUGGUGUGACAAUACCUACCCCACCUGUGAAAAUCAGGUGUGCUACACCAACUGUAAUUUUAGCUCCUAUUGUGAAAAACCAGAAGAAAUAUGUGUUUCUCUAUGGAAACAAGUCAAUGCAAGUAUAAAAGUAAACACUUUCUGCCACAACCCAGAGCUGCCAGUGGGAAAUAUCAUGAUAUCAAGAUAUAACACGUCACAGUGUGUCAUGGUCCGGCAGCAGAAUGCAGAUGGCGUUUUUUACAUCUGUGGCUGUGUGAAAGAGCAGGAAUGCAACGACAAGCUUAUCUUUGAGAACCAUACCAAUGGAUACUCCAUGCUACAUAGCAAGGAAAUCAUCCCUGUGGCAGCCAUCAGCCUUCUACCCCCGCUGUUGGUGGCUAUCAUGAUCACUGUGAUAUUCUAUCUCUGCCGAACCCAUCGGCAGAAGAGGCUGGCCAAGGAGUGGGCCCAGAAACACGCUCCAUGCCGUGAGCGGCCUGAAUCCAGCAGAGCCACCACUUACGAUGAGAUCCUGUCCGUCAAAAUAGAUCAUCAUUCUGCUCUCCGUGCCGGCAACCUCAACCAUAUCAACGAACUCCUGCCAGUUGAGUUGGAAGAAAGAGUGGGGAAAGGGCAAUUUGCGGAAGUUUGGAAAGCCAAACUAAAGCACACAUCUUCGGGCAAGUAUGAGAUGGUGGCCGUGAAGAUUUUCCCUUGUGAGGAAUUUGCAUCCUGGAAAAAUGAAAGCCAGAUCUUCACCGAUGCCAACCUGAAGCACUGCAGCAUCCUUCGGUUCCUUUCCGCGGAGGAAAGACACUCUGGGCUUCAGAAAGAAUAUUGGCUGAUCACUGCCUAUCACAGCCAAGGCAACCUUAAGGAUUACUUGUCCAGGAAUAUCCUCAGCUGGAGAGACCUGCAAAAGAUGGCAGGUUCCCUCGUGAGUGGCGUGACCCACUUGCACAGUGACUACACUGCCGGUGGCAGUCCCAAAAUCCCCAUUGCCCACCGGGAUAUCAAAAGCACGAAUGUUCUCAUUAAGAACCAUCAAGAAUGCGUGCUCUGUGAUUUCGGAAUUGCUCUGAGGCUGGAUCCAUCUUUAAGCGUGGGAGAUUUUGCCAAUAGUGGACAGGUGGGUACUGCCAGAUACAUGGCUCCUGAGGUUUUGGAAUCCAGAGUGAACCUUGAAGAUCUGGAAUCCUUUAAACAAAUGGAUGUCUAUUCUAUGGCUCUGGUUUUAUGGGAGAUAGCCUCCAGGUGUGAUGCUAUAGGAGAGGUGAAGAAUUAUGAACCACCCUUUGGAUCAAAGGUCCGAGAGCAACCCUGUAUGGAAGUUAUGAGGGACGUUGUGCUGUAUGGUCGAGAACGACCAGAAAUACCAACUAACUGGCUGGCCCACCAGGGAAUGCAUUUUCUGUGCGACACCAUCACAGAAUGCUGGGAUCAUGACCCCGAAGCUAGACUUACAGCUCAUUGUGUUGCAGAGCGAUUCAACUUGAUGGAACAAACAGAUUGUGAUGACAUUCUCAACAACAACAGCAUCGACAAUGAAGCAAACAAAAUGGGUUGUUCAAGAGAUGAGAACCAGAAUAAUGACAGGAACAUCCAAUGACUAGAGAAAUAAAAGCAGGACAGAACCACCAAUAGGGCAUGUCUUCCAAGAAAUAUAUGCCCCAUCAUUUAGUCUCCUGGACAGAUAAAAAAUGUGUAAGACCCAUUUAUAUUAGAUUAUAUUAAGGUUUGCUUCAACACAGAAUCUUAAUCAUUUAAUACUUUUUAAAAAUGUAGUGAAAUGCAACAGUAUUCCAAGAAUUAAUCACUCUGCAGAUUUCACAUCAGCAGAAUGGAAAGUGGUACUAUAAGGGCUACUGCACUGGUAAACCUUGCUGUGUGAAUAAAGACCACUCAUGCUAAAGCAGAUACAUUAAUGCACAAGGCAUUUGUUUUUGCAUUUUAAACAUUUUUCUUCUUAAACAUUAAUUCUACAAGAUGGACUAAAUAUUGACCCAGUCUAUCUUUUUUUCUAAAGAAUACUUUACAGAAGUUAAGAGGGUAAAAGCUGAGCGGUCUUAUUUUUUAAUAACCAAAUUCUUAUCACAGAUUUCCUAGUUUUAAUAGAGAUUCAGAUAAUGCACCAAGCCAGAUUACAGUUUGGCUUUGGGUUUAAAUGUGACAUAUAAAAACCACCAUCACAGUUUUAAAGCCAUGAUUUGCGUCUUACAUAUGUGGGAACCACGCCAUUAUGGGUUUAAAGGAAUGGUUUAGAAAUCACUUCUUGGAAUGUGUUAACCCAAUGUCUUUGCUGUGAACCAUUCUGUUACAUCAUUUAAAGAAACUGUCAACCAAUAUGAGUCCAAAAUUUAAAUCUGUUAGCUCAAUCCUGAAGUAACAUUGUGAAUUUUGCUUAGAAACAAUCUUUUCUCCAUUACAGCCAGUCCAUAUUUUAACUGAAGAAAAUGUGAAUCGCUUGUUCUUUAAUUCUCCCCCCCACCCUAUAUCUAAGAAGCAUAAACAAAUUAUCUAUUUCAAGCCAAUUUAUCUGGUCCCCUAAACAGCCAUUAGGACUUUUCAGCACAAACAUCCUUCUCAUCCAAGUUCCUUAGUUUUCCUUGUGAAUUCAGGGAAUUCAUUUAUAUCAUCCUGAUAUAAAGCUUGAGUUACAAUUGGAUUACAUCAUAAAACUUUCUACAUGCAUAAGUUUCAGUUAUUUACAUAUAUGUGACUGUCUGCAAUGCGUAUAUCAUAACCAAAAUGAAGUUCUAUGGAAACUGGUGAAACUUAUUUUGGGAUAGAUUUGUUUAAAGUUAUGAACUGUCUUGACAUUUUUUCCCCCAUUGAUUGGCACCUCUCAUUGAACGUUCACAUAUUUCCAAGUACAUUGUUACUCAACAGAAUUCUAAAGAUCCUGAAAGCGGAGUGCUUGCUUGCAAGAUCUCAAUUACCUAGAGUCGCCAUAAACUGCCAGGUGAGUUUUUCUAAGGGAGGAAGAAGAGAGAUACUUACAGUAUCCGCAAUUAAAAGGAAACUUGGCAUCCACACUCUGCAGCUCCAAGUACAAUCAGCGCUGAUUACUUCAUUAUUAUUAAAGCAGAGAAAACAAAAAGUUCCUUUUGAUCAUUUUAUUUCCGUCCCUCCCCGUUAAUCACACAUGGUAUCAUACACAACUCACAGUAAGGCUUCAGUGCAUUUCACGACAAAAAGAAAAGAAAAAAAAAAAAAAAAGAAAUACAAGGGCAUAUCAACCUGUAUGCAGCUCAUUCCUCUGAGUUCUUUUUAGCCUUUGUGGAAUACAAGCGUGGUUAUUUAACCACGUUUGGGUGGUUAAAUAUACUAAUAUAUCCCUGUGUAUGGAAGAAAAAUAAAAGCACUUGACAAACACACAUACGCACACAUUUUCAUGAUGGAAGG